UUGUGCGGACAGACCGUCAGAAACAGGAGGAGAUAACCGAGAGGAAGGAGCGACUCUCCGGCUACCGACGGCCAGCCACACCGGGAAGGAAAGAAAGAGUGGAGAAAACCUGUCCGUGUUUCUAAGAGAGAGAAAGCACCACCGUGGAGGGAAACCGAGUCGGUGAUAUAUAUAUAUAUGUAUGCAUGAGAAGGAAAUACUCCAAAUCCAAGGAAGGGGGUGUUUUGCGGAGCGGAGACAGAGAGGAGAGGCGGAAGAGCGCAAUAUAUCUUAUUAUAAGGAGGAAAAAAAACUGCGAAAAAAGGGAAAACAUGAAAAUUCACUAUGUGUCCGUCGCGGAGGAAGGAAAGAGUCCGCAUAGACAAUUAUAUAAAUAAAUUGCUGCCGGGCAGAAGGGAGAGGUGGAAAGAAAGACGGGUUUAAAGAGAAGGGGGAAAAUUGCCAGGAUCAACACGAAGGGGGGGCAUUUCUCCAUCACAAAGAGUAAAUGAGAGGAUUUUUUGCUCAGUGCAAAAUAUUUUAAAGCUAGGUGUCAACACCGAUCUGAAUCUUUCCGCUUCCGAAAUAGCCAUAUUUUUUUUUUUUUUUGCGACCAAUCGUCAUUUUUUUAAUUCACAUUUUCGCCUGUCGCGCAAGCUGUGCUCCGGUUUAUUUUUUCUCUUCACUUGCAUCCUAUAAAGCAGUGAGUGACAGCACAUUUUUGGGGAAUAUUUAUCUUUUUAUUUUUUAUUUCAAGUGCUAAAAACCAAGGGAAACCCAGAGGAGGAAACCUCUUGUGGAGCACAAGAUAAGUAACCUCUGCAAAAAUAAAAAACUAAUUGGAUCAAUCUGACUGCCCGCUGAUUGCCAAUUAGACGCUGUGAUUGCCCACAAGAAGUCCAAGAACUACAUUCUGCAUCAGGAUCGAUUGCACGGUGCUUUUUCUGACAAGAUUUUCUAUUUUGCCAACCCUGCUGCUCUGCAAGAGGAAAAGGGGGUUGCAACAACCAAACGUGCAAUACGAGUUCCUGACCCAGUGCCUUGCGUGGUCAAACACUAAGUGCACAUUUUUUUUGUCAGCAUGCACAUGCAAAAGAAAAGGCAUGCAUGGACAUCUGCUAUAUAUUCUCCAAUCUGAGUAACUGCAAGUGUGGGACUUUCUUUCUGCAGAACUGUUAUAGUAUUUAUUCAGUUUCUGUUAAGCCAAUGCAAGAUUCUCAGUAUUGUACUGAGUACUUCUUUAAACUGUAUUAGAGAGCUACUUCUACUCUGCACAAUUAAGUGAGAUGUCUGGUCAGGUGAAAGAAAUAGUAAAUGCAACCGUGGAUCUCAUAACUGUUGCAUGAGGAAAACGGCCUGCAGAAGUUAACCCUCCUGGUUUGUGUUUUUUGGAUCUUGCUUAUCUUUUUUUUCCGUGCCCUGAUCGAGACUCCCCAUUUCAGAGCUGAAAUUACAGGCUUUCUCCGGCCGACUAUGGCGGAAAGGACUGAAAGCAGCACGGAGGACGGAUCUUGGGACAGUUUUUGUGUCGCAGAAGAGGCUACAUGAGGUUGUCAGAGGGGCCGCACACGCUUGCCUUUUUCGCCGACUCCACCUUCCCACCUCCUCCUGUUGAAAUCAGUGAAGAAACAGAAUCUCCGAAAGGGGAGGGGGACUGAUAGCUGCAGAGAGGAAUAAACCGAGAGGGUGAGGAAAGAGUUCAACAUUGCUCUCUUCUCCCCUACCGUCCCCCCAAGCGGUGGGGGAACGACCAUUUCUUAAAGGGAAAAGGAGACGCAAAUUAAAAGGAAAUACGUUUGCCCCUCCGUGGAUCUACAGCUUUUUUUUUUUUUAAUUCGACAAAAAUAUGGCCGAUAAUGUCCUGGAGUCCGGCCCGCCUUCAGCCAAGAGGCCCAAGCUGUCCUCUCCAGCCCUCUCCGUGUCUGCCAGUGAUGGAAACGAUUUCGGUUCACUUUUCGACCUGGAGCACGACCUCCCCGAUGAGCUCAUCAACUCGUCGGACUUGGGGCUGACUAACGGAGGGGAUGUCAGUCAACUCCACACCAGCCUUGGCAGUCUCGGAGGAGGACUGGGUUUGGGCGGCCAUGAUGCUGCUGCCAAACACAAACAGCUGUCGGAGCUGUUGCGUGCAGGAGCACCCGCACAGCAGGGGGGCCCCACAUCCAACAGCACAGGACCCGGGGCCUCCAUGGGGAUGAUGGGGGGUGUCUCCCCUGGUGGACCUCAAGGCAUGCCCCCCCAGGGACAGCAGCCUGGAUUAAUGCAGCAAGUUGGGAUGGGUGGAGGGGUGGCAGCUCUCAAUCGGGCAGCUGCCAUGAUGAAUGCCCAGAAGGGCAACACUGGACAGCAGCAAGGCCUGAUGGGGGGGCAGGUGAUGAACGGCUCGCCAAGAAUGGGUUACCCUGGCAAUGGGAGCAUGGGUAACAAUAGUAAUUUGUUGGCGGAAACCCUGCAGCAGGGCGGGCAGCAAAUGGGACCCGGGGGUCAGGCAGGGAUGAGACCGCAGCAACCCGGAGCAUUGAACAAGAUGAAUAUGAUGGCCAACGCGGGCCCCUAUGGCGGUCCGUACGGCCAGGCUGGCCAGGGGCUUCCUGGAGCAGGGCUGGGCCCUCAGCUCCAGAAUAAGGCGGGGAUGCCAAACAAUAUGGCCGCCCAGUUCAACAUGGACAAGAAGGCACCGCCGGGUCAAGGCAUGCCUGGGAUG